AUGGUGAGUGAGCCGGGGCGUCUGGAGCCCGGGCGCUGCGUGGAACUGGCAGGACUGUUGCGGCGGGAACCUGAAACGGAAGUGUUAACAUUCAGGGAUGUGGCCAUUGAUUUCUCUGAAGAGGAAUGGGAAUGCCUGGAACCUGCUCAGCGGAAUUUAUACAGAGAUGUGAUGCUAGAGACCUACAGAAAUCUGGUCUUCCUGGCCAUGACCUCUCAUCAUACCCAGGAAAUUUCACCAGAGCCUGGCAUAGAACAUUUAUUUAUAAAAGUGAUAAACAGAAUAUAUGGAAAUUGUGACCUUGACUUUUUACAACAAAAGAAAGUACAGGACAUUGCAGUUGAGAGUGAAGGUCAGAAAUCAUAUUAUGAUGGACAAGACCAAUUUGUAGUGACUGCACCUAAUGAAAAUUUUACUGUCAACACACCUGAAGAACAUUUAGUGCCUCAGAAAAGUAUUCAAUGCAUAACUGAAGGACAAGUUUCUAAAAGUGAUCAUUUUGAAAGUUUCUUUACAAAUUAUCCAUUAUUCUGUGAUGAACAAAGAAUUCUUUCUUGUUCCCAAACAUACACUUUUAAUGAUUGUGGGAAGGCCCCUAUGUACUCCAUACUGCUAAAUCAAAAUUCAGAUAUAGAUUACUGGAAAGUGUGUAACACAUGUAAUGAAACAAGCAACACCUUCAGCCAGGUCUCUACCCUAAGCAACCAGCGUACUUAUGUUGGAGAAAACAAUUAUGAAUGUAGCAAAACACAGGAGAACUCUGGCUCUGGUUGCAAUAUGAGAGAACAUCAGUGUGCUCAUUGUGCACAGAACCCUUACAGAGGUGACGAAUGUGGGAAUGUCUUUCCUCAGUGCUCAAAGCUGAUGACCCAUCCAAGUACUCAGGGCCAAGAGGCGCCUUGCAAAUGUGAGGCAUGUGAGAGAGCUUCUAACCCAGCUGCUAGCCUUCCUCAAUACAGUGGAGCUCCUCCUGGAAGGGAGCCCCCCAAAUUUAAGGAAUGUGACCAAGCAUGGAGUUGCUCACCCCUUUCUAAACACCAUAGGUACCAUAGCAGUGAUCAACACUACAAAUUCAAAGAAUGUGGCAAAACUUUUAAUCGAGGACCUCCCCCUGUUAAGCACCGCAGAACUCAUAGUGGAGAGAAACCCUACAAAUGUGAAGAAUGUGGCAAAUCCUUUAAAAAAUGCUCAAACUUUUCUAAACACCUGAGAUUGCAUAGCAGUAAGGAAGCCUACAAAUGUAAAGAAUGUGACAAAGUUUUUAAGAAUUUUUCAACCCUUACUCAACACAAAAGGAUUCAUACAGGAGAGAAGUCCCACAAAUGUGAAGAAUGUGGCAAAAGUCUAAAUCGAAAAGCAUACCUUACUCAACACCAGAGAAUUCAUACUGGAGAGAAGCCCUAUAAAUGUGAAGAAUGUGGAAAAGAUUUCAAUCAAAGCUCAAAUCUUAAUAAACACCAGAGAAUUCAUACUGGAGAAAAGCCCUACAAAUGUGAAGAGUGUGGCAAAGGGUUUAAUCGAAGAUCACACCUUACUCAGCACCUGAGGCUUCAUACUGGAGAGAAACCCUAUAAAUGUCACGAAUGUGGCAAACAUUUUACCCAAAGAGGGUACCUUACUGAACACCAGAGAAUUCAUACAGGAGAGAAGCCCUACAAAUGUGAAGAGUGUGGCAAAGGUUUUACUCGAAAGGCACACCUUACUCGACACAAGAGAAUUCACUCUGGAGAGAAGGAAAGUCCCAGUGAUGGCAUCCCAGAACACCUGCUGUCUUUUCUGAACAUGCUACGAGGACCUAGAGAACURGAUUGCAACACGCUUCCAUAGCAGCUAACCCCACUCGACCACCUUCCAAUGUUGUGCAGCUUUGUAGGAAUACUAACUGGAACUGAGGAGAGAUUUUUUUUUGUCUUUUUUUAAAUUUCUUU